CCCAGUGAGUCCAACAUACUGAUACAUUUGUCUUAAUGUUCACCAGUUUGAUAGCUUCCAGUCCAAUUGUUAAUAUGGGGUAAAGACCAAAAAAUCUUGCAUGCGACCAGUCGCUUGGAAAUAACUUCUCUUGGCUGAUAGGUUCCUCAGAUAGCCUACACCAGCCCCUUUUGCGCAUGGAUUGGCCUGCCGCUGUUUUUCAUCUAGUUGUUCAUUGGCUUUUGGCAACGCUGGUUUUCUACCAUCAGCUGCCCAUGCAGCUUCCCAAUGAAUAUUGUAUGCGCUCUCGGGCUGUGCUUUUGGUGCUGAUGAUUUGAAUGUGCGCUUUGAAGGAGUACGAAGGUAUCCUGAUGAGCAGACGAGAUGAUGUGGGUCCACCCAGAGAGCGCAGCAGCUCGGUCCCCAUCUGAAAUGAGAUAAUACACCAGAGCAGUCAGAAGAUCGUUCGCUUAGCAAAGGUGAAGAUGUUUUGCGCCAAACUGAAAGAACUGAAGAUAUCAGGAGAGUGUCCGUUCUCUGGCAGCGCCAAAAACGAUGAGCUCGGAGACUUUGAGGAGCGCUCAUUUGACGCUGCGGAUUUAUCGCCUAUUUCUAAGGACGUGCAUGGAAAAAUAAACCAGGCUGUCCCUCGACAAAAGACAAGCAGAGCCAAAGUUAACCUGCACACACUUGGAGACAGCAUCCGAAAAUUGGCAUGUCCUGAGUUUCAAAGGCUGCACACUGCUCUCCAAAGAAUGAUGACACUCGCAGAUCACAGCAGGGACUCUGAGAGUCUAGCAGCUUGCUCUGCUCACUACCAGAACUGCAGUGAUGAACUGGAGCAUUUACUUGAGAUGAUGAACAGUUAUUCGACCAAAACUGCAAUCCCGAUGGAAGCUUUGGAAAUUGCUCUCGGCGAGGAGAUCUUCAAUAUGUGCUAUGAGGAGGACAAGCACAUUCUGAGAGUGGUAGGGGGUGCUCUGCAUGACUUCCUCAACAGCUUCAAUGUCUUGUUGAAACAGAGCAGCGUGCCGCACAACCCGGACAGAGAUGAUUGUGUAAACGAACCAUCGGUACUGUGCUUAGACAAGGAUCCGGACCUGCUUACUGUCUAUUUCUUUAACCCCCGCCCCACCACUGAGCUCUUUUUCCCGGGCAUCAUCAAAGCUGCUGCACGCCUGCUGUAUAACGCUACUGUGGAUGUGUUGAAGGAUCCCCCCGAUGCUAAAGACAGCAUACUACAGUCUAGCCCUCAGCCUAGUCUCCUGUACACAGUUAUAGUUAAGGAUGCUAAAACUCUCAGUCCCAGUCCACUCAGGGCCACCUCAGCAGGGACCCUCCCUACCUCCUUGUUCUCCACUAUAUUCCCUUUCCACUUGAUACUUGACCAAGACCUUGUUCUGGUUCAAAUAGGACAUGGGCUCAGGAAGAGACUCCCUAGGAAGGAUGGACUAAGACGGUCUUCGACCUUGCAAGAACACUUUUCCAUUGUCUCUCCACAGAUCAAAUGCAGCUUUCAGGGUAUUCUGACCAUGCUAAAUGCACAGUUUAUCAUUCGGAUCAAACACGGAAUCUCAACUGCAGACAACAGAGGGAAGCUCAUGGACCUUAAAGGUCAGAUGAUCUACGUUUCCGAGUCAAAUGCCAUCUUGUUCUUGGGCUCGCCGUGCGUGGACAAGCUGGAGGAGCUAACAGGCAGCGGCCUGUACCUGUCAGACAUCCCAAUCCAUAAUGCACUGCGGGAUGUGGUCCUAGUUGGGGAGCAGGCCAAAGCCCAGGACGGUUUGAAGAAGAGGCUGGGAAAAGCCAAGGCGGCCCUGGAGCACGCUCACCAAGCCCUGGAGGAGGAGAAAAAGAAGACGGUGGACCUCCUCUACUGCAUCUUCCCUGGCAAAGUAGCACAGCAGCUGUGGCAGGGUGAAACGGUCCAGGCCAAGAAGUUUGAACAUGUUACAAUGCUGUUCUCUGACAUAGUGGGCUUCACGGCUGUUUGUUCGGUCUGUACACCAAUGCAAGUGAUCACCAUGCUUAAUGAGCUGUACACCAGGUUUGACCACCAGUGUGGAGAGCUGGAUGUGUAUAAGGUGGAGACCAUUGGUGAUGCUUAUUGUGUGGCUGGUGGCUUGCAUAAGGAGAGUGAGACUCAUGCAGUUCAGAUUGCACUCAUGGCUUUGAAAAUGAUGGAGCUGUCAGACGAAGUCAUGACGCCAACAGGAGAACCGAUACAGAUGCGAAUUGGGCUCCACAGUGGGUCAGUGUUGGCAGGUGUAGUUGGAGUGAAAAUGCCCCGUUACUGCCUUUUUGGGAACAAUGUUACAUUGGCAAACAAGUUUGAGUCAUGCGGCCAGCCGAGGAAAAUCAACAUCAGCCCAACAACCCACAGAUUGCUGAGAGGUCGCCCAGAGUUUGUCUUUGUCUCUAGGAGCAGACAGGAGCUUCCGGCCAACUUCCCAGGAGACAUCCCUGGUGUUUGUUACUUUCUGGAGGCAGCCGUCAAAGCUUCAAAACCAACGACGAAAUGAGGCCAAACUUCAGCAAGUCCAAAACUGUUAGAUAAUGAGAAGCUCAACUGAAGAAUACAGAUGUACUGUUUAUUUGAUUGGAGUCAUUCAUUGUUUGCAAGUGACACUAUCACAGCAGAUGUUUAAUCAUUGAAAUGUCAGUUUACUGUCAAACAUGUCAUCUCUGUACUAUUAUCCAUUUGUGCAGUUACAGUGGUGAUAAAUCCGUUUAAUCUUUCUUCCACAAUGAGUCAUCUCUGCAUUUUGAGAUCUUUGGAAAAAGUGCUUCGAUAUCAUGCUCACAUAAGAGAUGUUGAAAGUCAAGGCAAGACUUAAGGACUGUUUUGUCCCUUUUUAAACACAAAGGUAAAACUUAAUACAUGUAGCCAAUAGAAAAGCACAGGAUUUUUAAGCAUUUUGCACAGUUGGAUAGUUACUGUCACGUGUUUCUAUCAUAUGGAUGUAGCUACAGACUUUGCUCUGAAAGGUCGAAGAUCUAAUUUGUUCAUGCAGGACAUUUUUUAAAAAGUGCUUUACAAUCAGAUACAGAUUAAUGGUGUGUUUCCUUUUUGCUCAAAAGUCAAAAUUUUAUAAUUUCCAUGCUGGAAAAUUUAACAGAACCCUUUCUGAAAUUACUAUUCUAACUUAGAAAAUUGCAUUAAUUGUACAGGUAUAUACAGUCGAAGUUGCAGAAAUAAUUUAUAAAUUUAACUUUAUGACCGUUUUUGAUCAUAUUAAACAAGACACACACACACAGGUGUACAAUUCCUUUGUUUAUGAGCAUGUUUCUUUAGUGUUUGAAUGAAUUAAAUGUAUGAAAUUGCUAAUCAUAGUUAGCAACACCACAAAUAGUUAUACUGCCACUGGUUUUGCAACUUCAAAAUUAAACUAAAUGUUGAAGUCAUUCAAAUAUCCAAGUUCUGACGUCCAUGACAAAUCCAACGCACUAUUACAACCUUAUACAACAAGGUAGUAAUUAUAUAAUUAUGUGAUUUUUGAAUUUAUUCUACCUCCCAAAGCACACCUCUCUCAAUGGCAGCGAUUAAACUAAAACUUUACUGGUUUCCUGUUUUGAGGAAAAUAUUUGACAAGCUUUCUUUUUAAAAUAUCUACCAAAAAGAACAUUUUAGGGUGCAGGAUUCACUUUAAUGAAAUUCUGUUAAUGCAGAGUAGAUUAAGGUGCCUUAUGGGAACUCCACAGACAUGUGCCAACUAAAUCAAACAGUUUUUUUCUAUAACACAUAAGAUUAUAAUUCACUUUAAAAUAGACUACAGUGAUAUAUGAAUGACAUUUCUCCCACUAGCAGAAUAAUACAAGUGUUUAUAUACAUGUGUGUGGUUUGUUGACACAAAGCAUUGUCUUUAUACUAGUUUCCUAAUAUGGUAUGCUUUUGCAUUUGUACUAAUCUUACUGUGCACAUCUGUACCAUAAUACAUGGGUUGUACUACGCACCUUUACUCUACAGAAGAAAUGUGACACGGACGAGUUCAAUGAAUGUCUUUCUACCACUCACAACAAUGUGCUUUACUUAUUAUUGUUAUCUAAGUGCAAUAAAUAUUGUCAUGAAAAGAUAAAA